AUGGCGGCCCGGCCCGGCGGCCUCCCGGGGACGGCGACGACGAUGUUGCGGCUGCUGGUGGCGGCCUUUCUCUUGGCCGCCGGCUCGGGGGCUUCGGAGGUGGCCGGGGGCGCCGCUAGCGGGGAGGCUGUGGGCGCCAGCGAGCGGUUUAAGAUCGAGGGCCGGGCGGUGGUGCCGGGGGUGAAGCCCCAGGACUGGAUCUCGGGGGCCCGGGUGCUGGUGGACGGCGAGGAGCACGUCGGCUUCCUCAAGUGAGUAGCAGCCGGGGAGAGAGGCUGCCGGGAGCGGAAGGCUUUGCGGGGAGAGGGAACGGAUUUGUUUGCCUUUUUGGAUUCAAACCCCAACCCUCGGUCUCUCUCCCGUUUGGUGCCCACAACAACCUUGCCAGGUAGGCUAGCCUGGCAGAAAGUGAGGCCCCCCCCCCCGAGGUAGUUUAGGGGAAAUUCCAACUCGGGCCUCCCCAUUCCUCGUCUGAGACUACUAACCACUGCAUCAUAGUACGAAGUUGCAUCACCACCAACGUGUGCCUACAGAGACAGACAAAUUUACUUGAAGAGAUGGCUGUCUUUUUCUUCUGAUUUCCCCCACACGUUUAAAAUCUUAACAAAUAAAAAAAUUCCUUCCAGUACACCUUAGAGACGAACUAAGUUUGUUAUUGGUAUGAGCUUUCGUCUGCAUGCUUGGUAUCUGAUGAAGUGUGCAUGCACACAAAAGCUGGUCUCUAAGGUGCUACUGAAAGGAUUGUUUUUAUUUUGUUCCAAGUACGGCAGACCAACACAGCUACCUACCUGUUUAAAAUCUUAGUUCAGAAAAGAGUCACCUUUCUUGAGCGCGGGGCAGUCCAUCUUAGGGCAUGCUUGUUGCCACUUAGAUGAAUGCAACAAAUGUUGCUCAUUUCAAAGGACAAAGAACUGGGAAACUUUUCCUCAAGCCUUUAAGGAUACUGCUCUUUUUCCUGAACUCAAAAAGCACCGUUAAGCAAUCACCAAACACCUCCUCUUUAUUUCUGUAGUUUCUGUUUUCCAGCUUCUUGGUUUCUGCUGUGUACAGAGACACCUGCAGGUACCUGCAGUUGCCAGUGUGGUGUAGUGGUUAAGAGCAGUAGUCUCAUAAUCUGGGGAACCAGGUUCGUGUCUCCGCUCCUCCACAUGCAGCUGCUGGGUGACCUUGGGCCAGUCACACUUUUCUGAAGUCUCUCAGCCCCACACCUCACAGAGUGUUUGUUGUGGGGGAGGAAGGGAAAGGAGAAUGUGAGCCGCUUUGAGACUCCUUUGGGUAGUGAUAAAGCGGGAUAUCAAAUCAAAACUCUUCUUCUUCUACCUGCACCCUGUAAUGUGCAAGCAUGAAUCCUGACUGUUGUUUUCCGCAGAAUGUGCAUCCCCAUUCUUAAAGUUAGCUUGUGCAGUAGUGUGCACAUCUAAUUGCUAGAUAACAUUAUUUUUCUGAGAUAGCAGGGUCACUGGGUGUUUUUUUUGGGGGGGUGAUGAGUGCUUUCUAGAUUCUAGAAUGUAGUUCUACAGGUAUCUCUACUACCUAAUAGGUGGUGCCUAUUUCAGUAAUGGCCAGUCUUGCACAACUCCUUUUCCACCUUGUGGUGUUGUGACCUCAUCCUGCAAGGAGGUGUCCUGGAGCACAGAAACAUAUGUACAUACUUUGAGUGUUGUCAGUUCCAGCUCCUCUUUGGAGACUCGAGUGCUCUGUAUCACAUAUGUUUAGACUGAACAUCAUCCUGUAUUUUAAAAAAUGACAGACGAUAUGUGCAGUCAAGAGAAAGCAAUGGCUAUCCUUUCUAUAGCAAAGAUUAUGCUCCUGCUCUUUAUGUAUAGGCAGGUUAAUAUUGAGAGCAAGAUUUUUCUGGGAUCCUUCUCAAGAGUUUUCUGGUUGAGAAACUGCGUCCAACAAAAUUGUCUUUUCCAUACAUAUAUACACAUAAGAUGGUUUGAAAAAGCCAUUCUGUACUUAUGAGGAUUGCCUUAGAACACUCAGUGUAUCAUGGCUGAGCCAAGAUUUUCAAUGGAAACGUCCAGCUCCCACUCUUAAGUACUAUGCAGCACCAGCUUAGUGGCAUUGUAAGUUAGUGAAAUAGAGCAUUGUGUUAUGAAUUAAUAGGUAGGGUUGGUAAUCCCCCUCUUGAUAGGAUGAUAGCUCUUUGGUCUAAUAAAGCUUUUUUGUUCUGUGAUGCAAUUAAAUAUAUGAUAAUUUUUAUUUUUCAGGACAGAUGGAAGCUUUGUAGUUCAUGAUGUUCCUUCUGGAUCAUAUGUAGUUGAAGUCAUAUCUCCAGCUUAUAAAUUUGAACCAGUGCGAGUGGACAUCACUUCAAAAGGGAAAAUGAGGUGAGUGGCUAUAGCUUUUUUUAUAUAGAAUACUAAACCAAACGGAUUUGCUAUGGAAAACAGGGCUGGUUGGUCUGUUGGUAAGGCCUUAAACAUUUUUGAUGUUCUCUCAAAUAAAUAAAUAGGCCUUAAAACUCCAUAAUUAUUUGAAUCCUCCACAGUUGCCUUCACUACAGCUCGUUUACUGCUGGCAAACCACAAUCUGAAGCCUUGGAUUGGUGGUGGUUUACGAACCUUGUUUUGUUUUAACUUUGGCUUGCUGUUAUGUACAAACCCAACAUCCUUCCAUAACCAUCGUUUGUUUGCACAUCACAGAUGUUCACCAAGCUAGAAAGGCAUAGGGCUAGAAAGAAAUCAAGCUUUAGAGAAACAAGCCAUGCUUUGUUUGAUCAUUUUGGGGACAAAUUUGUGGUUAAUAUGAUUUGUUAAACAGACUGUGGCUUAGUGUUGGUUGUGAACCAAGCUCCUAAAUUAAUGUAUCUGAAAACAAAACUUCUGCCAGGUGUGGUGUGAUAUAUCAUGAAAAAUUUACUUUUAAAGAUACACAAACUAUAUCUGAAGGGGUUGGAUCUAGGCUUGCACAUUUGUUCAUGGAAAGGACCAAGAUCCAUUGGUGGCUUCUGCUGAAAUAAGGAGGUGGUCAUUUUAAUAGAUUUCCCUUUCUCCCUGCAGGCCCCAGCACCCCUUUCCACAUUUCCAGAUGCCCCCCCCCCAAAAAAAACCCUCCAGAGUACCUUCUCAGCAGUGCUGCAGGAACUGGCUAAUGGGGAACUGACUAAAAUAACCUCUUUACUUUAACAGAGCUUUCUAUCCACAAGUUAAAGCCACCUGGUUAAGCUAAGCUUAACUCAGUUUCUGUUUGGUGCUAAUAGUUUACAGACUGUUUUUCAGCUAUGUUUUCCUCACUGAGAAUAUCUGCACAGUGAUUACAGUGGCUUACAAAGUUCUUUUGAGUCUAUAAUCUUUGACAUUUAAUGCUAGACAUAUGAUCACUGCUAAUUUGUUACAUUUGUGAGAUCUGUCAAACUUAAUUUGUCUGAUACUGGAUUUUGCUAAAUCUGUGAUGAGUGUGUGUGUGUGUGUGUGUGUGUGUGUGUAAAAUGGGUUGCUGUUGUUUUUCAGUAGCACCUGUUCUAGUUGCUAUCUCCAAGGACAUGCAAAAUAAACUAUUUUCAGGCCUCUCUUGGGAAAAUAAAGUUUCACCAAGUAAACACAUUUGUUGGGAUAUAGAUGCACAUCUAAUGCAGAAUCUCUUAUAUGAGCAGGCGACCAAGCCACGAUCCUAUAUACAAUUAUGGUACUUUCUUACAAUCAAAUUUUAAGCUGCUUAACUAUUGACAGGAUUAUCACUUCAGUUCAAAUGCAGUGACAGAGAAAAUAUCUAACCAAGAUAAUUUGUUGGGCUUUAAUGGAGAAAGAUACUUCUAAAUGUCUUCUUCAGGGCAAGAUUUGUGAAUUACAUCAAAACAUCAGAAGUUGUCCGAUUGCCAUACCCGCUUCAGAUGAAAUCUUCUGGACCACCUUCUUAUUUCAUAAAGAGAGAGUCUUGGGGAUGGACAGACUUCUUAAUGAACCCCAUGGUAUGUAUGGAAACAGGUGCAUAUGAACUGCUUGUUUGCCACUGAUUAGCUGUUUAUUGCCUAUGUUUCAAAACCUAUUUAAGGACCCUAUUUGUAAGAUUUAAGGGUAAACAUUUAACAGAUUAUAUGUUAAUAUGCCACUAUUAGAAGAUAAUUUAUCAAAACAAGACUUGUUUUCAGGCAGGUAUCUCUUGGGUGCAGGAGAGGCAUCUCUAGAGGGAGGGAUGGUUACAUCAUCUUAACAGGGAUUUCUUGUCAUACAAUCAGCCGGGGGGAAAUUAUGAAGCAUUGUAGACCUAAAUUGGCAUCCCCACUGCCAGUUAAUUUGCUAUGCAUUUGCAAAAAAACCCUCCAGCCCUAUUGUAUAUAAUAUUUUUGAAGUAAACUACGAAUGUGUAACUGUGUUUUGUAGUAGGAGUCUUAAAAGUGUGUUGAUUUCUAGCUUGCCUCAGCUAGAAAUUUCAGUUGAAACUGGAAGGCAGAGUGUGUGGCAGAGGAAUGUGUUAUAGGUUUGUUGUUGUUUUGAGGUUGAAUAUAAAACUGAAGGGCAGUUUGGGACGCUGGUUGCUAAAGCAACCACAGGUACCCAUUAAUCCUGGCUCAGUGCAUAUGGUAAAGGUAAAGGUACCCCUGACCAUUAGGUUCAGUCGCAGACGACUCUGGGGUUGCGGCACUCAUCUCUCUCUAUAGGCCGAGGGAGCCAGCGUUUGUCUGCAGACAGCUCCGGGUCAUGCGGCUAGCACGACUAAGCCACUUCUGGUGAACCAGAACAGCACACGGAAAUGCUGUUUACCUUCCCGCCAGAGCAGUACCUAUUUAUCUACUUGCACUUUGACGUGCUUUCGAACUGCUAGGUGGGCAGGAGCUGGGACCGAACAACAGGAGCUCACCCUGUCGCGGGGAUUUGAACCACCUACCUUCUGAUUGGCAAGCCCUAGGCUCUGUGGUUUAGAUCUCAGUGCCACCCGCGUCCCAAUGCAUAUGGUAGGACUUGUUAAAUGGAAUAAUUGAACUAGCCCUAGAUACAGAUGCUUCAGUUAUGCAGCACAUUAAAAAAAAAUUAAAAUACCACACGCUGUGAUACUUGGAUAUAGAUCCACUCUCCCCUUUAUUUGUAUAUUGUUGAAUAAUAAGUUAGUGUCUAUUUUGACUGCUAAAACCCUGCCAGAAGAAAUGGUUUCUCUGCUGCAGUAGUAAUCAAAGGAUCUACUCAAGGAGAGUAGAUCUUGACUGGCUCAAGACUAUGGUCAUUGAGCCCCAACAUGGAGUGUUUUCACCAUAUUUUUCAUUUUUGGUGAGAUUUCUAAAUAUUGGAAUUUCUGUGCAGCCUCAGGCAUAUGUAGCUGCCUUUGGAGCUGUUGACCCCAUCUAAGUAUGUCACUGAGAUGCGCCACUUGUAUAUCACUGUAAACCAUCGUUAAUAUUUUACCCACAAUCCUAGGUUUGGGUAUUAAUCUGAUUCACGGAGUCAUAGUUUGUUUCCUGGUGGCCAUUCACAAUAUAACUUUUGAGGGAUUCUUCUUUUAUUAUCUAUGGUACAAUACGGCAGUACUAGAACUGCUGCAUAACAGAAGAAAUACUAACAUAUUUUUUUUAAAAAAAUCUCCUGUUUAAGGUUAUGAUGAUGAUCCUUCCAUUGCUGAUCUUCGUAUUACUUCCUAAGGUUGUCAACACAAGUGAUCCUGACAUGAGGCGGGUGAGUAAGCUUUGCGAGGGUUAACACUGCAAAUAUUGUAUCUGAAGAAACCAAACCAGUCCAAAUAAGUAUUACAGUCCAGAAAGUGUUUGGGAAUGGUUUUUCUAUUACCACUAAGAUAGAAAUACAGCUGUGGGCCAGAAAUACAAGCUCUCUAAUAAUGCUUAAUUAUUCAAAUCUUUAUACAGAAAACAUCAAAUUCUAAGAGAUGCUAAAUCUAAAUUGUGUGCAGUGUAAACUUUGUAUAAUGUAUUCAAUGUAUUAUUUUCAGUCCGGGAUAAGGUAGAAAGUGAAAGAACACGAAGAGAGGGCUUUAAGAGGCUGGUGAGAGAUGUAAUAUGAGGAGACCAGGAAGCUGCAGCCUUAGUGUCAUUGGACUGAAUGAAACUAGUGUCUGAGAGCUGGUGUGUGUUAGGACAGUCCGCUUCAUCUCAACAACUUUCCAUUCCAGCCCACAAAAGGGACCAAGAUCUGUUUGAUCCCACCCAGACACAAUCAUACAAGAUAACUCUUAGCUGCCCACUCAUGCCGUUAUUGAGAAGCAACAGAGAGUUGUACUUGGACAUCUUUCAUCAGUUUUAGGUUGCCUUUCCGGUUUGGUUCUAGGAGCAGUAGAGGCUGUUGCAACAGCCUCAAUUUCUGCCAAACCUCUUUGGGUGUGAGCCAACAGCAGCCACUCUUUUUCCUGCUGGCAGAAGCAGCAGCUGCCUAAAGAUUCCUUGCUGCUGAUAUUAGGAAUUAGCAUGAGUCUGUUGGCUUAUAGGUGGUGAAAAAUGUUAGUCAAGCAGAGCCCACUGGGCAGAAAAAUAAGUAUGUCUUGGUUCUGGAUGGGGAGCAGGUGUCGUUUUCUACCAUCAUUUUGAUUUCUUGGGCUGCACUGAUUCCUUCAUCUGCCCAUUCAGUGCUAUGGCCAUUUCACCACUAGUUUGUCAUGAAAACAGAGGCACUCAUUUUGAGUUACAAAAAUAAUCUACCAGUCUCUUCCUAUGUUGAAUGAAUGUCUCUGAGACUAUUUCUGAUAAUUUGUGUUAUCGUCUCCUUUUCUUGCCUAUUGCAAUUAAAACAAGAAUUCACAUCCUAGUCACGUUCUUCUGUGACAAAUCCAUUAUGACAGAAAGUUUUAAAUAUGAUAUUUAUUAAAUUAUCCUAAUUUAUUGUCCUUUCACCAUGCGUUAUGCCGAAUAGCGGAAGGCUAGAACAAAAUGGAGAUUCAAGGUGUUUACUAAAUCUUCUUUAUUUAGCAGUAUCUACUGUUUGUCUUUGGCUGCUGCUUUUUGGGGUUCAGUUGGUAUUAAUUUCCUUUCCUUCUAAAUGACCACUGUCUUCAGUAGUUCCUUACAGGUUGCACAUUAUUUUUGAGUUAAUAGGUAUAACAUUCUAGAUCAUGAGAUAGAUGUUUAAAUCUUCCAUUUUAACUCUGGCUGCACACUUAUCUGAGAAUAAAGUGGAACUUACCUCUGAAAACUUGCAAAAGAUUGCAUUGUAAAUGUUUAAUAUAAGGUUAAAAGUGGAGGCAGAUCAACUGCUUGAUCUGAUGCAUUUGCUGAUGUGAAUCAACAUGCGAUCUGCUCUCUUGGGCAAGAAAUUGAUUGCCUAAUGGAAAAGUGUAGUUGACAGAAUCAUGGACCAUGUCCUCUGUGGAAGACAUUGGGUAGGCUGCAAUAGAUGUAAAAUGUUCUGUUCAAUUUUGAAAGGCUAGGAAAAAUUAAAUGACCUACCUCAAAUCGGGCCCAGAUCUUUUAGCAGACAUAUUUUAAUAGAAGGCAACUGUUGGAAGGAAAUAGCUUUUCAAAAAGAUGCUUGACAUACAUUGCCAUGAUAGUUCAAUUUGUUUUAAACAAUUUUUAAGAACUAGUGUGCCAAUUUUUUUAGCAUUUAAAAAGAAACUUUUUAAAUUUGAAAUUGGGAGAGAUUUCAACCAAACUCAUCUUUUAAAAUUUUAAUAUGGCAAUCCUUUAUCCUGUAACACUACUUUAGACAUGGUUAUCUCUGUUUUUUGCUUUUAGAACUUCCUUUUCAUUUAUUUAUAUCAAUAUAACACAAGAGAUUUUUUUUUAAGUUGUAGUUUAGGCUGUGGCUGUAUAAAGAGUCUAUAGCGGGGAUAUAUGGGUAGAGAACAGCUGCAAAAUGACACCACUACUGAAAGAACAAUUAACCAAUUUGGCGUAUCUUUACGAUUUGGAAAUGGUUUUACUUAAUACAUUCUUCUCUUUUUGUAUGCGUUUAGGAAAUGGAGCAAUCAAUGAAUAUGUUGAAUUCUAACCAUGAGCUGCCUGAUGUGUCAGAGUUCAUGACAAGACUUUUCUCUUCAAAAUCUUCUAGCAAGUCCAGUGGUAGUAGCAGUAAAACAGGAAAAAGUGGGGCAGGAAAAAGGAGGUAGUUGUUUGUUUCUCUGGAGCCACAAUUUGCACAGCUCUGUUAUGUGGUAUCAUCUAUAUGUUCUGUGGAAGAACAAAAAAGCCACUACUGUAACCUAAAUCCAAUGUGAAAUUGGACAUGAUACAACUGUUGUGUGUGCUGUAGCUUUUUAACCUAUUUAAAUAUCUUGUUCUUUAAACACAUGGGGACAUUGCUUCACUUCUGUAUCUCUGUAAAGACCGAUGAAGAGUUAACUCCUUUGUAGAGAAUGACAUUAAAGAAUUUAAAUUAUGUGAAAUAUAUUGAUGAUUCUUAAAACAUCACUGUAAAGCAUCUGAUUUCAAGAAACCAAGUGUCUUUAACCCACUGUUCUUAACUUACGUAGUCUAUAAAUGCACAAUAUUUUUCUUAACCUAACAUUACUUGUGCUUAUUGAAAGAGAACCUCUUUUGAUUGAUUUGUUUUUAUUUGAAGCAUUUUUACACUACUCUUCAGGUGAAAAGGAGUUCCAUAGCUGCUUACAAAGGUCAUUAAGAAGACAGCUCCUGACUUUGGGCAUAGAAUCUAGAACAUACAACAAUGUAAGGAAAAGGGAGGAGGAAAAGGAUAAAUCCAGGCAGUACUUCAAAAUUACAAUGUACUUAAAAUUGGAAGCAGGAAUAGAAGCAAUUAAAGAGUUGAGAACUGCUUGUAACAGCAAAUAUAGUGGCCCUGAUUCCCUUCUCUCUUUCCUUUGGUACCAGUUCUUAAAUUGCCACACUAGUUUUUGUGGAAUACUUGUGAUUUUCCUUUUUAUUAUGGAAGCAUUUUUGAGGGGAAACUGUCCCACUGGGAGUGCCCUCAUGUUCCUGUACGAUCCCUCGCUGCUUAGAAACCACACGCUCUCUUGCCUACCUUCUACCACUAUAACAUAUUAACAAAAGCUUUGUGAAUGUAAGUCUACACUGGUUUAUCUAAAAUGUUUUGGAUAAAAAUUGUUGACCAUUUCUGUGCUUGAGACACUAGUUGUUACCUUGCGCCUUAGCAGAAACAACAGAAGAACCUAAUGCUGUAGCAAGUAUGCGCAACAAUCAACAGACAAGAAUCCUGGCAGGCAAAGGAAACUGAUACCCUAAUCUCACAUGUUUUAUAGGGAUGCUAAACCUGUGGCCCCAUAAAUUCCUAUCAGCUUAAAUUCCUAUCAGCUCUGACCUGUGGUCAUGCUGGCCAGGAAUGAUGGGAGUAGUAGUACAGACACAUCUGAAGCUCCACAAAUUCCUGAUUCAUGGGCUAGAGCAGGCUUCCUCAACCUCGGCCCUCCAGAUGUUUUGAGACUACAAUUCCCAUCAUCCCUGACCACUGUUCCUGCUAGCUAGGGAUCAUGGGAGUUGUAGGCCACAAACAUCUGGAGGGUCGAGGCUGAGGAAGCCUGGGCUAGAGAGUAUAAAUGGUAGAUGAAGAGCUGAAGGACAGGAAGUUUAGUUUUUGCCCUGUGAGAGACAUCAUUCCACUCUUGGCUAGAGCCUCUAAAAUGCAGUGCAUAGCCAGUAGGCAUGGACACCCAACAGCCUAGAUCGGGCAUGGCCAAACUUGGCCCUCCAGAUGUUUAGGACUACAACUCCCAUCAUCCCUAGCUAACAGGACCAGUGGUCAGGGAUGAUGAGAAUUGUAGUCCCAAAACAGCUGGAGGGCCAAGUUUGGCCAUCACUGGCCUAGAUGUUAAACAGCAUGGGAAACAGAAUUGACAUUUGUUGGACCCCAAAGCCAUGGAGCCAAGCAACAAUAUCCUAGUACUACUUUCUGGUAGCAGUCCUCCAACUCUCACCUCCUUGAGUUGCUACUGAAGAACAACUCAUUGAUGAUCUAGAGCCACUGAGAAGUCAAGGAGAACCAACAAAGUUGCAUCCCUGCCCUCUGGACACUCUCUUGACAGAGGCCAUCCAUUAGGACAACUAUGGCUGUUUCUGUGCCAAACCCAAGCCUGAAAGAAAAUUAGAAUGGAUAAUUUGCUUUCUCCUUCAGUACCUGCAGCUGGCUAGCCAUGCUCUCAGUCACCUUGCCCAGGAAAAGAUCAUUGGAGAUUUGAUGGAAGAUUUUAAAAACCUCUUCAAGAGGGGUUACACCACCUCUUUCAAGGCAGUGGGUAUAACAACUUGGCAUUUUGAAGUAAAGUGCCACACAUUUUAAAGGACUAGUUCAUGAAGGUGACUUUCAAAAGCCCUUUGAAUACAUGGUAUGUCCAGAAGUUAUGCUAUCAAUAUUUGAUGGUAUGGAAGGUCUCGGGAAUUUAUUCCACCCACUCUUUCUAUAUCUCAGCAUAGAUGGUUGCUUGGGAUUGCAUGUAUGUCUUUCCACUGCAAAGCUUGAGACCUAGGGAAGUGGUGGUAUCAGCAACAUGAAUGUGUGGGACCCAAAGUCUUUCCUCCCAAAAUUCUAGGCUGAUCCCAUUGUCUCUUUCUAGAAGAAUUAUAUGUUGUGCUGCAUCUAGAGCAAUUGGACCCUAAACUGAUUAUUAUUACAGAAUAAAUUGCUCAGUCCAAAGCUGAUAAUGAGACUUUAAGAGUUGUUUUGAGAUUAAUUCUACCCAUGACUAAAUUGUCUCAAUUUGGGAUACUUUUAAAGGGUCUGCUGGGGCCAUGUAAUCAGCAUUAGCCUUUAACAUGAAGGGGUGGAAUUAAUUGAACAACUAUAUCAUCUGGAGUGUUUUCACAGACUGAAAUAACUUAAUCAAACAUUAAUAGCAGCAGGGGAGAACUUUUAUAUCUGAGACACAAAAUAGAAAAGGUGUUGGUUUAUACAGAUCACGGUUAUUGCAGAAAGGAGAACAAAGCUCACUGCCUUUUAGCAUGAAGACCAGCACUGAACCAAUAUGCCAUUUAUCACAACUGCUCAUUGAAGAAGUUGGUGGGGGCAGGGAGCAAUUGAAGCAUUUGAAGAUUAUUACAGUGCUGCCUGUAACUCGAAUUCAAAUGAAUCCAGAUAUAUAAAUCUACAUGUCUUCAUAGAAGUUCCUUUGCUCUCAAAUGAGCAUAGAGGAUUCUUAGACAGGAUUUCAAAAAAUAGUGGCUGGGCACGACUCGCAAUGUCUUCCAUAGGAAAGGCUAAUUGCAAAAGCUUUCUGUUUGUUGAAGUGUGCUGGGCAACCUGUGGUCCUUCAGAUGCUGUUGACUCCCAACUCCCAUCAGCCCCAGCAAGCAUGGCUGAUGGUCAGGGAUGAUGGGAGUUUUAAUUCAACAAGAGCUGGAGGGCCACAGGUUUCCAGCCCUUCUGCAUUGGUUGGUAUGGUGGGUCCGUAUGAUGGAAUGUUCCUACGCUUGCAUUCUAGAGUGGUUGAAGGAGUCAUAUGGAGAAGUGGGUAGGAGAGCAAACCCCACUGACCUGCCUGGCUUGGCUUAAGAUAGCCAGUGGGAGGCAGUUAUGGAAGAAGCACACAGAUCCGCUCUGCAAUCUCUCAGAUAGCAACAUGUGGAACGGUGGGCUAGCACUGAGUUCAUUGGCGUGGCUCUUUGCUGCACGGGCAUGUUUUUUAAAUGCACCUUGUUGAUAAUAGAUCAGAUCAGUAAACACAGCCUUCCAAGGAAAUGAGACAACAUUCCAAACUCAUUCACAUGAUGUUGGUAACAGAGGUUCUGUUCAAAUGCAAGUGUCUCCUAGCACUUUCCAAGGGUAGGUGUGCAAACUGGAGGAAUUUGAAUAGGACAAAUAAUUAUGAAGUGGAUGGAGAAAAGAGACCAAAAACACUGCAAAGCAGAAUCAGAACACCUCACCUGCAGAGGCAGAAUUGGUCUUUAUGAAUGUAUUUAUUUUAUUAUUGCUCCUACUGCAUACAUAGCAAUUGCCAGAUGGUGAUGUCUACAAGAAAGGAGGAUGUGAACUAUGGCAUUGUGUUCCAGAUAUGGAAGGCGUUCACUUCUUAAACAUACACUAUCUCUGAACAUGGCAGAGUAAAUUAUUCCAGCAAUUCUAAUGUUCAAAGAGUUGUAUUCUCCACCAUCCUGACUCCCUAAAGCUACCCUCUUGGAUUCCUUGUUUGUGUUUCCUAUAUACCAUUCAUCCCAUUCAUCAUAAACAACCAUGUAAUAAUUUCUUUAUAUGUAACUCUCUUUCUUUGCAGGGAGUGGGAUCACUCUUAG